UUCACAUCUCUUACAAGUACUACACAUUUGCUGAAAAUCUAACUUUCACCCACUCACACUAUUUUCUUCUUUUUUUUUUCCCCAAAUAAAAAGAACAGAACGGCUCUGUUUCUCAUCUUUCAUCUUACUCCGUUUAAGGAAAAAUCACUUCUCCGAAUCUCCACAUCUACAAGUAACAGAGAGACAGAGAGAGUAGAGACAAAGAGAGGAUGGCGCGAAAAUACUUUCAGAGAGAGGUGUUGCCGGUAACGGCGCUGGUAAUAAUGGAAUGUGCGAACGUUGGCUUAAACACUCUGUUCAAGGCAGCGACUUUGCAAGGCAUGAGCUUCCAUGUCUUCAUCGUCUACUCUUACGGUCUUGCUGCUCUUCUUCUCCUCCCUUCUCCUUUCUUCUCCUUCAGAUCACGAACGCUUCCUCCGAUGAAUUUCUCAAUCCUCUACAAAAUCGUGCUUCUAGGGUUAAUUGGAUGCUGCUCGAACAUAAUGGGAUACACAGGGAUAAAUUAUAGCUCUCCAACACUUGCUUCUGCAAUCAGCAACCUCACUCCUGCGUUUACCUUCUUGCUCGCCGUCCUUUUCAGGAUGGAGAGUGUAUCUUUCAAGAGGACAAGCAGCGUGGCUAAAAUGUUGGGAACCGUAGUUUCCAUAGGAGGAGCAUUUAUAGUGACUCUUUACAAUGGACCUGUCGUGAUCGCUAUGUCACCACCGUCCGUUUCUAUGCGAUCACAGUCACCAAACCAUAAUUGGAUCAUUGGCGCGGCUUUCCUCUCGGUCGAGUAUUUCAUGGUUCCAUUGUGGUACAUUGUUCAGACUCAAAUCAUGAGAGAAUAUCCAUCCGAGUUUACCGUCGUUUGCUAUUAUAGCUUAGGCGUGAGCUUUUGGACUGCGCUCAUCACAUUGUUCACUGAAGGGAGUGACUCGAGUGUAUGGAAGAUAAAACCUAAUAUAGCUUUAGUGUCAAUCGUUUGCUCGGGUUUCUUUGGAUCUUGCAUAAACAAUACUAUCCACACAUGGGCGUUGCGAAUCAAGGGGCCUUUAUUUGUUGCAAUGUUCAAGCCUUUGUCGAUUGCCAUUGCCGUUGCAAUGGGCGUGAUCUUCCUCCGAGAUUCCCUCUACAUUGGCAGCUUGAUCGGGGCAACGGUAAUAACAAUAGGGUUUUACACGGUGAUGUGGGGCAAAGCCAAGGAAGUAGCCAUGGUCGAAGACGAAAACAAGACUAGCCACGAGGAUGCCGACGAGGCUGACCUCGACUCUCCAUCGGGCUCGCAGAAGGCUCCUCUCUUGCAAAGUUACAAGAACGAUGAACAUGUCUAAAUGUCAUCAACCCGUCAAGAUAGCUCUCUCUAUAUAUAUAUAAUAUUUGUGUGAAAUUUUCGUAUAUGAAUGUAAUUUAUUUGACGAAAAUGUGAUCUUCAAUUUUAGGAAUCAAGUUAUUUCUAAUCACAAUUUCAUAAUCUAGAUAUCAAGUCUUUUA